UAUCAUAAUGUGUCUUAAAAGCAAAGAACAACUCUUACAAUCCAGUAUGCAUGCGUAAAUACAUUAUGCAGGUAUCUAAAACAACGUUCAUUAGACUACAGCUAUAAGCUUCAUAUAAAAUGGUUUGCCAGCCAACAUUGGACACUGAAAUCUGAAAUUCUGACAGAGUAUGACACAAUAUUGCAAUAUUGUUUCUUCUUCUGGCCCGUCCACAAACAUUUGUAGGAUGAUAAAUAUUAGAUUCUCUGACAUGCUUUCUGUCAAUAGUGAACUAUCAACUCAAAGGCUGGAUCGCAUCCUUGAAUCAUCCUCUCCAGUUGUCCUGACUGGGAGGGGUGAGCGCAUGUGCCAUCCUGGCUCCUAUGGCAACCCGAUAGACCAGCUCCAUCAAUAUUCACGUUAUUAGAAAGCUGGAGGCUGAUGGAUCAGUGAUGUCAGCGCUGUUUGAAUGCAGCUGCCAGCUGCGUGCAUGUGUGUCAUCACCUUGCACUGACAAACAGCUCAGAUAUUUUGGGGAGGUGGAGAUCAUGCUUUGUCAUUGAGGAGCUCAGCAGCAGCAGCAGCAGCAUUCUCCCACUCCGGCACGUCCGACGCUCAGCAUGCUGCAUCCUGAUGCGCUCUCGUCUGCACGCUGUGUGGUUACCUGGAUUUACACGCAUUUUCCGUUUACCGCUUUUACAUGACCGUCAGAUUAAAGCGGACACAUAUUGUUGACGCAUCUCAAUGUUUGAACCGGGGGAGAGAGGCACGUCCCAAGUGUCAAAUAAGAUACAACCUGUCCUGCGGAUGCGCCGUCACCGUUUUGCCUCCAGUGGCACCCCAAGUGUACGAGAUUCAUGAUUCAUCCCUCUGUUUUCACGGGCUGCCAUUAGAGCGCAUCUCUUCUCCUUCUUCAAAAUGGAAAGACUCCAGUCUUCCAUGCGCAAACGGCUGUACAGCUUGCCGCAAAACACUGGGCAAAAACCCUUCGUGAUUGACGAAGGAGACAACGGCGACAAGGACACUAAGAGGAAAAGUAUUCGGCUAAAACAUUUGUCCUCUCCGUCUCCUGCAAGCAGUUGCAAGAGCAUUGAGGAGGCCAGGAGCGAAGACUUGGAAAGGGACGUUAUUGUGAAGACCAACUUGAAUGGGGACUGUCGCUUGUUUAGGGGCAGCAUCUCUUCCAUCACCGGUCGGCAUCCUCCGGGGUCAGAUCCAGCGGAGCAGCGGCGCCUCAUCCCCGAGGCUGAUGCCGGUGUCAGCGAGAGUUGCCCCGGUGAGCACGGCCCCGGGGCCCAGCAGCGGGCAACGGGUGGUCUGAGUGGCGCAACAUGGCAAGCAUCUAUGUUUGACCAGUCAAGUUUUAUCAAGUUGGAGGGUACCGAGCAAAUAAUACCUGAGGACGACCGGCUGUACCAAGCCGGUUUCAUGCACCGGCAGUUUGGGGCGAUGCUCCAACCGGGAGUCAACAAGUUCUCCCUGCGGAUGUUGGGGAGCGAGAGGGCCGUGGAGCAUGAGAGGGAACGAGUAAAGUCUGCUGGCUUCUGGAUAAUCCACCCUUACAGUGAUUUUAGGUUCUACUGGGAUCUGACCAUGCUACUGCUAAUGGUGGGAAACCUCAUCAUCAUCCCUGUGGGCAUCACCUUCUUCAAAGACGAGCACACGCCACCCUGGAUUGUCUUCAACGUGGUCUCGGACACGUUCUUCCUCAUGGACCUGGUCCUCAAUUUCCGCACGGGCAUCGUCAAGGAGGACAACACAGAGAUCAUCCUGGACCCGCAGCAGAUCAAGAUCAAGUACCUGAAGAGCUGGUUCGUAGUGGAUUUCAUCUCCUCCAUACCUGUGGACUACAUCUUUCUCAUCGUAGAGACACGCAUCGACUCAGACUUUUACAAGACAGCCCGAGCCCUGAGGAUCGUCCGCUUCACCAAGAUCCUCAGUCUGCUGCGGCUGCUGCGCCUCUCCAGACUCAUUCGUUACAUCCACCAGUGGGAAGAGGUUUUCCACAUGACCUAUGACCUGGCCAGUGCCAUGGUGCGCAUCAUGAACCUGAUUGGUAUGAUGCUGCUGCUGUGUCACUGGGAUGGCUGUCUGCAGUUCCUGGUUCCCAUGCUGCAGGACUUCCCCCCUGACUGCUGGGUCACUAGAAACAAGAUGGUGAAUGACACUUGGGGUCAGCAGUACUCCUACGCCCUGUUCAAGGCCAUGAGUCACAUGCUGUGCAUCGGGUACGGCCUGUACCCCCCGAUCGGCAUGGCUGACGUGUGGCUUACCAUCCUCAGUAUGAUUGUGGGCGCUACCUGCUUUGCCAUGUUUGUGGGGCAUGCGACUGCACUCAUUCAGUCUCUGGAUUCCUCCAGGAGGCAGUACCAAGAAAAGUAUAAACAGGUGGAGCAGUACAUGUCCUUCCACAAGCUCCCUGCCGACAUGCGCCAGAGGAUCCACGACUACUACGAACACCGUUAUCAGGGCAAGAUGUUUGACGAGGAAAGCAUUUUGGAGGAGCUGAAUGAGCCACUGCGAGAGGAGAUCAUCAACUUUAACUGUCGUAAACUGGUGGCCUCCAUGCCUCUGUUCGCCAACGCUGAUCCAAACUUUGUCACCUCCAUGCUGACCAAACUGCGCUUCGAAGUCUUCCAGCCGGGCGAUUACAUCAUCAGAGAGGGAACCAUCGGCAAGAAGAUGUACUUCAUCCAGCAUGGCGUUGUCAGUGUCCUGACCAAGAGCAGCACAGACACCAAGCUGUCUGAUGGCUCUUAUUUUGGAGAGAUCUGCCUGUUGACCCGAGGCAGGAGGACAGCCAGCGUGCGAGCAGAUAACUACUGUCGGCUGUACUCUCUGUCGGUGGACAACUUCAACGAGGUACUGGAGGAGUAUCCCAUGAUGAGGAGGGCCUUUGAGACUGUGGCUCUCGACCGCCUGGACCGCAUCGGGAAGAGGAACUCUGUUCUGCAGCAUAAAGUCCAGCAUCACCAAAGUUCUGGCACACUAAACUUUCAAGAGAGCGAGAUCAUCCAAAGAAUAGUGCAACAUGACCGUGACAUGGCCCAAUGCACGCAGCUGAUCCAGACCAGCCUAAACCCUCCCCCUGCUCCCCCAUCACCCACCCCAGUCAUCUGGGCCCCGCUGGUUCAAGCCCCGCUCCAGGCUGCUGCUGCUACCACCCCACUGGCUCUGGCUUUAGCUCACCAAUCCCAGCUGCCUUCCAUCCUCUUCCAUCAUCCUCUGGCACCAGGCCCCCUGAAGGACCCCAACUGCCACCCAAAAAAAGUCCAUGUUGGAGCGAACACGUCCAGCAGCUGUAUUUCAGGCCCCGGUUCUCCUGCUAGCUCCACCAAAUUCAGAUUUGGGCUUGAGACUCCCACACUGUCGUCCCUCAGGACACACCAUCUCUCCACUGGGCCCUUGUCACCCACGCUGACGUCCCAGCCCAUCUUCACUAGCAGCCUGCGGCCUCUGGGCCCUCUGCCCUCACACCAGCCCCCGCCCCAUCCUCCCCACUCCGGCAUGGCCUCAGUCUUCCCCAUCAGCCAGGCCACUGUCUCCUACACCUGCUCUGCUCAGCUCCACUCUCAGCCCUUCCAUGGUGCUAUGACCACCCCACCACACCCGAUAGGUUUACUCCAGCAAGGGGCGCCAGGGAGGUUUGCAGGGAGAUUCCCAGCCCCCUCUGCCUCCACCAUAAGCCCUCUGAUCUCCAGCUCAGUCGGCCCCAUACUAAGCCAGCUGCAGCCGACGCUCACGCAGCAGAUGGGGUACAGUCAUGACAGAGCAGGCAGGACAUCCAGUGGUCUGAACCUCCCACAUUUUCCCUUCAUCAGCAGCACCCAGUCCUCCAGUGGAUUUAUUCAGCCAGGAUCUGCAGUCGGAGCUGGGGCCGCAGCCUCCCUGGCGCAGCACAGCCUUGCAGGUCUCCAGUCUGUUUUCCUCCCCCAGGUUCUUCCCGAGCACUCGGCCCUCGCCUCCCUGGCCCAGUAUGGCUCUGCCGAGGCCUCGCCCUGCUACACGCCUCCAGUCCACAGUCCCAGCAUACAGAGCCCUGUGAGGGGUAGGACAAUUUGCCACAGUGAGCUCCCCAGCACCAUGGACUCUCACAGCCCUCUAACCCCUCAGACCUCAUGCCCUGCCAGGGUGGCCUGUACCUUCAAAGAGAGGGCCCAGUCCUCGGUGGAUCUCUUUACCCAGGAAAUAAAGACUAUCUCAGGCUCUCGCAGCUCUAUACACCAGGAAAGGCCUUUGGCCAUGAUCGGCUCCUCAGAGGGGUUAGCGGGGGCAUCGAGCCCCUUCUCCUCUCCCAUGGCUGUCAGUAAACCCUACAGUCCGAUCCCGGGUCAAGCCACUCAUGUCAGUCAGACACAUUCAGGGCCCGAAUCUCAGAACCAGUCUGUUGGUGUUCACUCUCCCCACGCUAGAUCCCCUGCUAAGAUGCUAGAGACCGAACACAAACAGUCCAAACUUCCUUCCAACUUGUGAGGUUCAGACACACCCUCCUUUAAUGCCUGAACAAAAUGGAGAUCAUCUCCUUCUUGGCAUUAUUUUAACCACAACUUUGUCAAAUUUUAAAGUAGGAGGGUGUGUUAUUCUAAUCAGAUUGGAGAUCAAUGGUUUUGUUUUUAAUCAGAGUGGAAGGAGUGAAUGCAUCGUGGAUAAUAAUGGACAAUGAUGGAUAUUUUUUUCUACAGGAUAUUGCAUCUUUGAAUAUAGUAAUAAAAUCCAAAACCUAUUGAUGGGUAUAUAUAGCACCUCAUUAAAAUAUUAUGUAUUGUAUUAUAACCACACUCUGUGAUUUGUUAUAAGUAUUUGUUUAAACCCCAUUGUCCAGGCAAUUUUGUGUAACCUUUUAGCUACACCCGUUUAGUUGGAAAUUUGUCCACAACUGUAUCCAGUUAUUAUUGAAACCAAAAAUUAUUGUCCUUUUUUAUAUCCUUCCCCAGCACUGAGUGUGUUGUGUGAAUGCAAGGUUACCCCCUUAAGAGAGUCAAGGAGAGACAGACUGUGCACUUUGCUCGUUUCAGAGAUCACCUAACGUAAUGGUUUGAUGACGGCAUGUCUUCCAAGAUAGUGUUUCAGCAAUAUUGCACACCCAAAUGGGUCACACAAGUCAGAUCACAUUCAAAAAAACUGAAGUAAUGAAUGUAAUGUUUGUCUUUCUGAGUGGGAGAAGUGGGAUUAAUUUUUGAAUGUGUUGAACUUGAUGAUGGUAUUCUGUAGAGUACUGGAAAGUGUAACCAGCUUAAUCCGUUUCGUCCCUCCACAACUGCUCCGGCACGUGGCGAGGCGCACAACUGACGCCAACUCAUUUCAGUCUGACAAUAACUCUGGUACAGAACAUACACCUGAGCCAUGGUCUGUGUGUCAUCAGCAUAGUAUGCAAUAAUCUGUGUUUUUUUAUGGGUAUACAAAGGUACUGUGAAUCAAAGCACUUGAGUCAACGACGGGAUUGUGUUUAUAGUUAGAAGAGAUUAAACAAGGGAUUUAAAUGAAAUAAAAAGCAACUGUGGAUAAUCAAACAUCCUGAAACCAGCAAUGCACUAAGACUGAUCUGAAUGUUUCUUGCACCAGUCAAAGGGCUAAAAGCAGUUACUUGGACACAUGGUUAACAAGAAACCCUGAUGGGUCAUAUUGCUGCAUAUUUACCUCUUUCAUUUUACAUUAUUUGAUUGUAAAAUUUGACAUCUGUUGAUGAACAAUUGCUGCUUUGUGAUGCUAUGCUGAAUCAAUAAGACGUGUAUCACUGACUGCUUUUUUAAAACCAGACUCUUAAAUCCUUCUACUUGUUAAUAAGUUCAUGUGUUUAGAUGAUGCUUCUCUCUCUCUCUCUCUCUCUCUCUCUCUCUCUUUCUCUCUCUCUCUCUCUCUCUGGACCUGUGGCUGGCGAGGAACUGUGAGCAGCUAGCCGGUCAGCAGGUCAAACCAUCGGAGGAUCCUGUCCAGUGGCUUUAGCUGCCUGGUUACUGAACCUGAGGUUUGCUGUGACUCUGACCCCCCUGAGGGAAGAGAGAUACUAUCAGUCACUAGCCAGUCACUGCCAAUGGGCUCGAUCAAUCCCUCAUUACUAUUCUGCUCCAACCCCGCAUGACCACACCACCUGCCAGAGCCAUCGGCUCGGAUUGCAUGUGAGCUUACUUAGAAUGCAUUCAACUUAAAGGUGUGUGUAGGAGAGGAGGUGUCAGUCAUUCAUGUAUUUAUAUAUUUAUAUCUCAUGUUGCUGCCUUUUAACCAUCACAUCCGAGGACUCCAUCAUCUAUGUAUGUAAGGCAUAUUUUAUUUUAGCUACAGAAUUCAAUGCAAUAAAAUAACAUAUGGUCAAUGA